AAAGAAAGAAUAAAACAAAAGACUACGUUAAAAUGACGAAAUUGUACUGGCCAUAUUGUGUAUGUAACUCUCGUUAAGAAUAAUAUGCCAAAAUGUUUGUUAAGGUCCAUGGCAAGAUAUCAGAAGACGCAGGAUCCUUGCGAGGAGGAUGUAGAUUUAAAAUGGAUUCCACCAUCUGUGGAUUUAAAACGACAAAAACGAACUCAAGAUGUUAAUAACAAUUUUACCAACAAUGUUUGGAUGUGUUCCGGACUUCCCAUAGUAACACGAUAUACAUUUAAAAAGAAUAAUGAUUCAUUAUGGAAAUUGAAACCUUUGGAUGACUCCAAUUCACAUGAAAAUUUAUUUCUCAAAAAUGAAACGUUAUCAGUUGGCUACAAUUUCUACGAUAUUAACUCCAACGAAGGUACUUCGUUGAAUCAAACAGAGAUUCAAACUGUGCCAUCGGACAUUGGUGAAUCAAAUUUUACGGCGUACCAACGGACGAACGACGAAAAGAUCAUUUGUGAAGAUGUUAAAUUUAACGAAAAUUUAAAACAGCGGGAAAUUCAAACGGUAGCGCAAACUUUAUAUCUAACUAAUACCGGUACUCCUACUACUAGUACUAGUACUACUUCUACUACUACUACUACAACUACGACCAAAAAAUUAACAAAGGAUUAUAAAAUGCUACCUGAUAUCGAAAACAAUUCAAAUUGGAAGAAAAAUAAAACGAUGCAUUAUUGUCCAUAUUGUCAGAAAUGUUUCGACAGGCCGUGGGUUUUGAAAGGACAUUUGAGACUUCAUACCGGAGAACGGCCUUUUGAGUGUCCAGUUUGUCACAAAUCUUUUGCCGAUCGAUCAAAUUUACGAGCUCAUCAAAGAACAAGAAAUCAUCAUCAAUGGCAAUGGCGCUGCGGAGUAUGCUUCAAGGCAUUUUCACAAAGACGAUAUUUAGAACGCCAUUGUCCUGAAGCUUGUAGAAAAUAUCGUAUAACUCAGAGAAGAGAACAAUUUAAUUAACGAGAUAUCUUUUAACGUUUUUUAAAAUAUCGAUUCGUCGUCAUAAAAAAGGUUAUGUACCAAUACAAGUUAUAAUUUUGUCUUUUUGUUUUGCUUUUUAAUUUUCUUUUUCUUUUCUUUCAAU